CAGAAUUACAACAGACAAAAACUAGGGUGGUGGGGUUGUAGAGAUAAGAGUGAGUGAGUGAGCGAAAGGACAGAAGCCAGAGGCAGGUACAGCUUCACCAGACUGCAGGGCGGACCGAUCCCGGGGCAGAUUUUUCUUGGGACUCGCUGUCCACUCGAGGCUCGGCCGGAAACUGCGCUCACCCCGUGCCAGGGGUCCGUGAGUCCGCGCCGCUCUCCGGCGAGCUGUGGGCACAAAAUUCCGGAGUGAUCCUUCAGGGUCGGUGAGGGAGCGCGACGCCGAUGGAAAGAAGCCUGGAGACCCGCGUUGUGGGACGUCCUCUGCUGUGCCCUCUCUCUCUGCCCUCUCUGGCAGCCAGCAGUUCCAGUGGAUGGUACAACCCUCGGUGGCAGGCCACAGUGCGUCCAGCUUCUACCCGAGACCCUACCCCUACCCCGAGCUGGGAAGCGUCCCCGGGACCUCGGACGGGCUGAGGUCGGGGGUCAUCAGGGCCCCCUUCGGGGGCAGGCGGAGGAAGGAGGAGGAGCUGUCGCCGGAGGAAGAGGAGCGGAAGAGGCUGCGGCGGGAGAGGAACAAGCUGGCCGCGGCGAAGUGCCGGAACCGGCGGCGGGAGCUUACCGACUGGCUGCAGGCGGAGACCGACCAACUGGAGGACAAGAAGUCCUCGCUGCAGAAGGAGAUUGCUGAGCUGCAGAAGGAGAAGGAGAGGCUGGAAUUCGUCCUGGAGGCUCACCAACCCAUCUGCAAGAUCGCCGAGGACGGCGGGGUCAAACCCGGGCCGUCCAGGGGCUGCGGGUCAAAGGUCAAAGGGCAGGCGGCCAAGCCCCGCCCGGCGGACGUCUCCAUCCCGUCCGCGUCCCAGCCGGCCGAGAAGCAGGACGUGGAGGCCCUGCACACGCCCACCUUGAUCGCCACCCCUUCCAUCACCCCCUUCACCGCCUCCCUGGCCUUCACCUACCCCAGCGUGCCGCCCUACGACCCGGAGCCUCCCGCCGGGCCCUCUGGCCCAGCCACCGGCGCCCUCUCCUCGCCCGAGGCCUGCGCGGCGGCCCACCGCCGGGGCAGCAGCAGCGGGGGCGACCAGUCGUCGGACUCGCUCAGCUCCCCUACCCUGGUGGCCCUGUAGGGCCCUCCAAC